AUCUCGGGAUGUGUCUCGUCUCGUGGAGUAAGCGUCUCGUCACACCCCUAGUAUUAUCUUAUGAUACAUCCAAGGGAUGUAUGGAUGUAUGCUGUAAAGCCUGCAACGUGGAUGUAACGUCAUUAGCGUUUCCCAAACUGACUGAAGGUCUGGUUUUUCGGCUGGCCGUCUAUUACUGCAAUCCAAAAGGGGACACAACCAAAUCAAUGACUUUUUCACGGCACAUCUCUGUUUGACGUCGCUAGCUCACAGCAGACGAUAGGUCACGCUUGGAAUAUAAAACUUUUUCCACAACCAGUCGGCAAACCUACUAUCAAGUCCCUGUUAGAUAUUAAAUACCGUAAACAUAUUCUUUUUAAAGCUUGGAAAUACAACCAGACUAGCUCGUAAAAAACUGUCGAGGGGUGGAAAAUCAGGGUAAUAAUAUGAUAAUAGCAAAUAAGGGGUUCUGGUUGGUGUGGACUGUGAUCAUUAUCCUGACAUGCUGCUGCGUUUUUCAUCACUGGCGCUCCAAGCAGCGCUUCCAGCAGCAGCGCCGGCAGAAUGAAAUCAACCUGAUUGCAUACAGAGAGGCUCACAACAACUCUCAGCUACCCCUCUAUCUCAGAUUCUUGCCCACAUACCUGCUGCCAGCCUAUGAAGAGGUGGUUGGCCGUCCGGUCACGCCUCCUCCUCCUUACACCCCUCUUCAGUCAGCGCCUCCACCCACAGAGCCACCUGAGGAAUCUCCUGGGCCCCACUCGGCGAUCUCCGACCCCAGCAAUGCUGAUGCAGCGCUCCCUGCUACUCCAGAGGUCACGGAGCAGACCCACGCUCACGGCGCUCACAACCCCAACAAGGACUCGACACCGGGCAGGUACCGGCGCUUCACGGGGGAUUCUGGGAUCGAAGUGUGUGACGGCCAGGAACUGUGGGACCGGCACAGCUUUUUAGAAAGAGGAGAUGAGACGGACGAAGAGGGCGCGGGGCAAACGGAGGAGCCAUGUGAUGGCCGUGGUCCCGAGACCUUUGAACACAGCCAUGUUAGCGGUGCAGUCAUUCACCAAGACCCAGAUGGACACACCGCUGUGGACACAGAGCCACAGUCUCAUAGCUAAUCCAAAAUAAUGUCUUUAACAAAACUCUGCAACAUCAUACCGUUGGCGCUCAGGGGUUUGGGCUCUUUGUACAGGUGUACGUUUGACUAACACCAGCGUGUGUGGCAGGCCUGGAGACAAAUUACAAGUUUGACUAAAUAUUUUUACAAUUUCCCAAGAAAAUGUAAAGCCAUUAUGCAACUUAGGGCCCUAUUUUAAUGAUCUCAGCGCACGGCGUGGAGCGCCUGGCGCUAGUUUGACGGCGGAAACAAGUGUUGUUCUUAGUGUCUUCAUUAAUCAGACGUGUGUUUUGGGCCUAACAACAAUCAACCAAUCAGAGAUCAUCUCCCAUUCCCUUUAAAAGCCAGGCGUUUGGACCUUGGAGCAUUGCUAUU